AUCUAAAUAGAACCUAUUUUUUUCUUAUCUUAUUCUUAUAUUGAUUUACAUCUUGUGCCAAGGGCAAACAUUCCAAAUUCCGUUAUUUCACCAUAAAAGUGGGGUGUAGCAUCUUAUCUCAUUGUGAUUUUAGAAAAUUUAUAGUGUUUGCAAAAGAUUUAAGUCCAGCAUGUUUCGCUUUAUUUUUUUCGUAUUUUUAACGAUUACUUUUGUUAAUUGUUAUAAAAUUCUUUACGCAAGAAAACACUCUUUCAGACAUUAUAAUCAUCGUGUUUCGCGCUACCGUUACAACAAUCCACCACCGGAAUUUAAUCCUCUUUUAUACUACUUUCAGUUUAAAGAAAAUUUGGAGAUACAACAACACUGCAGGUUUGAUUUUGACUGUCCUCCAUCCUAUAACUGUGUUUGUGAUCAGUCGUACCCAUUUAAUAAAGUCUGUAAAAAGUGUCCGUGCGAUAAAGAAAUUGAACCUAGCAGUACUGCUGAACGAACUAAAGAAGAAAUAACAACAGAAAGUACCACAACUACAAUUACAGAAACAACAACACCUACUACAACUAUAUCAACUACAACUGAAGAAACAACUACAACUGAAGAAACAACUACAACUGAAGAAACAACUACAACUGAAAAAACAACUACAACUGAAAAAACAACUACAAUUGAAGAAACAACUACAACUGAAGAAACAACUACAACUGAAGAAACAACUGCAACUGAAGAAACAACAACAGAGCAAGAAACUACCAGUACUUCUACUAUUCCUUCUACGACUGUUUUGACUACUACAACCCCCGAUACAACAACACAAAUCCAUCUUAUAAGUACUACUAGAAAAGCUGCCACAACAACGGAUGAAAUAAUAAAUAGUACUGAAGGCAGCGGUAAUGUUGCAGCAACUGAUGAUGAUGACGAUGUUAAUCCGGAAGUUGAGCUAAUUGAUACAACCACUCCAAAUAUUUUCCGAUUUAAACUUUUUUAAGCGAUGUAGUAGCUAGUUUCUUACGAAAUAAUAAAAUAUUUGACAGAAAUAAAAAACUUUGUUGUUUUAAAUUUU